UUGACAGGCUUUUGUAAAAGCAAAAGACCGGGAAAGAUCUCCAAAGACGAGCGCUAUUUAGUAUUUUGCAAUCCUCAAAUCCCCCUCAUCCAUUGACCAAAAAAAAUCUCUUCUCUCCACUUGAAAAUGAAACUUUUGCCCAUUUGCACUUGGCUCCUAUGCCUUUUGCUUUUUCUCGUGUGCUUGGGAUCAGAGUGUGGGACUCCACGGCGAAUUGUAAGGUCUAAAAGAGACUUGGUACGCAUCAGGGAAGCCAGAAGUACCUUCCCAGGAGCCUGUGCCACACGCCUGCCUCGGGGCAAACGCUCACUUCCCGGGAUAGAUCGGCGCUCCCCUCGCCUGUCACAGGCGGGAGAAAGCAGCCCAGGUCGGCGGAGGGCUGUUUACUUUACCGGUCGAGGAGACCAACUGCGUCUGAAACCAAAUGCAGAGGUGCCAAGGGCUAAUUUCACCCUGGAAAUGUGGAUAAAACCCGAGGGUGGGCAACGCUCUCCAGCUGUUAUCGGAGGUCUCUAUGAUAAAUGCUUCUACGCGUCUAGUGAUCGAGGAUGGCUGUUUGGCGUCAAAGCAGUGAGCGACCAAGCCAACCGUGACCCCCGAUUCUUCUUCUCCCUCAAGACGGACCGAGCCCACAAGCUCACCACCAUCACCUCCAACACGGCCUACACUCCCAAUCAGUGGUCCCACGUGGCCGUCACCUACAACGGCCUCUUUAUGAAGCUCUACGUCAACGGCGCGCAGGUAGCUGUGAGUCGAGACCAAUCGGGCGAGAUCUUCAGCCCACUUACCAAAAAGUGCAAGGUGCUGAUGAUUGGCGGAAAUGCUUUAAACCACAACUACAGGGGUACGAUGGAGCAUUUGAGCUUGUGGCAUCACGCUCUGACCCAAAGGGAGAUCAUUAGAUCCAUGCGUCAAGGUGUGGCCCAGCUUGUUGACCUCUCUCAACUAGUCAUCCACGAAAACUUUGAGAACAUGUCAAGACGCUGGUUAACAGUAAAAGACGGCAGCUUCCCUCGGUUGGAGCAUUCAGACCGAAGCCUAGUGAGUGACCUUAGUGAUUCUGCGCUGAAACCUCCAGCUUGCGGACAGACUGUGUGUGACAACGUGGAGGUCAUUACAAACUACUACCAGCUCUGGAGCUUCCGCAAACCUAAAACAGUGCGCUAUCGAGUGAUAAACGUUUACGAUGAUGAUGGACGGUUGCCGACAAUUACAGAACACCAGAUCAACCUUCAGCAUCAGCAUCUGAACAAUGCUUUCCGUGUCUACAACAUCACAUGGGAGCGCACCGUUCACAACGUCUACAACUCGUCUUUGCGGAAUCGAUUAAUACUGGCCAACUGCGACAUCAGUAAAGUGGGCGACGAAGAGUGCGAUCCUGAGUGCAACCACACACUGACGGGUUUCGAUGCCGGAUUCUGUAAGAGGCAGGUCGCUCGUUGUCCUGAAAGCAAGCAGGGGAAUGGGGUUUGUGACCCGGAGUGUAACUGGGACAACUUCUAUUACGAUCACGGGGACUGCUGCAACCCCAACAUCACUGAUGUCACCAAGACCUGCUUUAAUCCAGCGUCACCCCUCAGAGCUUACAUGAAUGUAAAGGAGCUGAAAGAAGUUUUGAAUUUGGAUGGAUCCACACACUUGAACAUCUUUUUUGCUAACUCAUCUGAUGAAGAUGUGGCUGGUGUGGCCACUUGGCCCUGGGAUAAAGAAGCUUUAACACAUUUGGGUGGGAUUGUGUUAAACCCUUCAUUUUAUGGUACGUUUGGCCACACUCACACCAUGAUCCACGAGAUUGGCCACAGCCUGGGACUGUACCAUGUCUUCAGGGGAAUCUCAGAGGUGGAGUCCUGUAAUGAUGCCUGCUUGGAGACCGAGCCCUCGCUUGAGACGGGAGAUCUGUGUGCAGACACCAAUCCUACACCCAAGUACAAAUACUGCAGCGAUCCUGAGCCGGGCAAUGACACCUGCGGCAGACGGCACUUUACAAACACCCCCUUCAACAAUUACAUGAGCUAUGCUGAUGACGUCUGCACAGAUUCCUUCACACUGAACCAGGUGGCCAGAAUGCACUGUUACCUGGAUCUGAUCUACCAGUCUUGGAGACCUGGCAGUAAACCAGCUCCUGUUCCUCUGCCUCCACGAGUAACAGCGCAAGACCAAAACUCGCUCACACUGGAGUGGUUUCCUGCCCUCACAGGCCAUUACUUAGACAGAGAAGUGGGAUCAGUUUGUGACAAAUGCACUGAAGUUGGAGUGCUCCUGCAGUACGCCUCCAACUCGUCGUCCCCCAGACCCUGCGCCCCAUCCGGCCACUGGAGCCCUCGUGAAGCAGAAGGUCCUCCAGACGUAGAACAGGCCUGUGAAGCAAGCGUCAGCACAUGGAGCCCAAACGCCGGCCUAGACUCCAGUAGUGUGGGUUCAGCGUCCUGCCCUCCACAAGGCUGUAUGCUCCAGCUGGAGUUCGCCUACCCACUGCUUCCUGACUCCCUCUCUGUCUGGGUCACCUUCUUCUCUCUGGAGGACACUGGACUGCCUGCAAUCCAAGACAUCCUUCUGUUGACCCUCAGUGGUAACAACGUCUCGCUGGGCCCUCAGUACGUGUUCUGUGACACGCUGUUAACACUGAAGCUGGAUGUGAAGGAGGAGGUGUAUGGCGUGCAGUUCUUCACCAUGGAGCAGCAUCUGGAAAUCGACGCCACUCUGCUGACUUCAAAACCCGAUAAUCCUCUAUGCCGCUCAUGUCAUCCACUGCGCUACAGACUGCUUCGCCAGCCACCAUUCACACACUCGCCACAUGGGAUCAUCAUUCAGGAACCCACUCUGAGAUAUGAGGACAGGGACUUGAAGCCUGAUGAAACGUACACCUACCAUGUGCUGACAGUGUCUAGAAGAGCUGAGAGUGAACCUUCCCCACCUCUUGUGCACCAGCUGGGCUCCCCCUACUGUGGAGAUGGACUCAUCCAAAAGUAUCUUGGAGAGGAGUGUGAUGACAUGAACUUUGCUAAUGGAGAUGGCUGCUCAAACCGGUGCAAGAAAGAGCCAUUGUUCAACUGUGUUGACCAGCCCAGCUUGUGUUACUUCUACGAUGGGGACGGUGUGUGCGAGGACUUUGAGCGCGAGGCGAGUGUGAGAGACUGUGGACUCUACACCCCCAGUGGAUUCCUGGAUCAGUGGGCCACAGCGGUGGAGGUGUCCAAUGAGGAGGCCGUUCACUGUCCAGCCGAAGUCGCUGCUGGAUAUCCUGCUGUCACAAAGAGCUGUCAGUCGAAGGUGUUUGACCUGUCUCAUGGUGUGUCUCAGUACGCUUGGUUUCCCUGUGAGGAAUCUCAGCAGCAGAGCUGGACUUACUGGCUGAAGGCUUAUUACUCUCAUCCUAUGGUGGCUGCCGCAGUGAUUAUCCAUCUGGCCGCUGAUGGUACAGCUGACAUGGACCAAACACAACACAACAUCACUGUUCAUCUGGUGGACACCAAGGACCAAACCCACCCUCUCGGUGACUGGAGACUGAGCUGCCGCAACAAUCCUCUGGUGAUUCCUGUGAGUCACGAUCUGAGCGUGGCUUUUUAUCGCACAAAAGCCAUUAUAGUGAGCUUCAGCUCUCCUCUGGUGGCCAUCUCAGGUGUUGGGCUGCGCUCCUUUCAAUAUUUUGACCCCAUCACAAUCAGCGGCUGCCAGAGCAAUGAAAUCUACAACCCCAUGGGCCAGAGCUGCGUUCAUUACUCAUGUGAUGCCAUCGAAUGUCAGAAGCCGAUGGUCAGUAAUGCAGAGAUGAAGUGCAACAGUCCUGGCUACUUCAACGGCGCUCGAUGCACCAUCACCUGCAAUCGAGGAUAUACACUGAAGAUACACCGAGAUGACGACAUCAUCAAAACACAGUCUGAAUCCACUGUGACCCUCACCUGUGCGGAUGGGAAGUGGAAUAAGCAGGCGACCUGUGAACCGGUGGACUGCGGGCGGCCUGACAAGUACCACGUUCACCCGGCUGUCUUUGAGUUUUCUGAGGGCACCACCUACGGCAAGAAGUGCACUUUUCAGUGCCGCGAGCCAGCGCAGCUUGUGGGCAGUAAUAACGUGCUGACGUGUAUGGAGGAUGGCAUGUGGUCCUUCCCCGAGGCUCUGUGUGAGCUGCGCUGUCCAAUCCCUCCUCCCGUACCCAACGCUGUCCUGCAGACCAAACGCUGCAAUGCCACGGGCCUCAAAGUUGGGUCGUUCUGCAAGUACAAGUGCAAGCCGGGAUACCAUGUGCCUCAUAUAGACAAACCCAAGAGGUCAGUGCCUGUGAUGUACCACAGGCGGGCGUUUAAGCGGCAGUGUACAGAGGACGGGAGCUGGCAGUUUGGUGAGUGUGUGGCAGUCACAUGUGAGCCGCCGCCUCCCAUUUUCCACGGCACCUACAAGUGCACAAACGGCUUUCAGUUCAACAGCGACUGCUGGAUCGACUGCAACCGGUCGAACCACACGACUCCUUCCACCAACGUAAUCCGGUGCAGAAAGGACGGGAACUGGACUGGCUCCUUCCGGCUCUGUCCAAACCUGACAGGCCAGUGCUCCCUUCCGCAGAACCUCAGCCCAAACAUCCAUCUCAGCUGUAAAGAUGGACACGGCAUAGGAAAGGAGUGUGAGGUGUCAUGUCGAGAUGCCAGCAGCAGUGUGGUCCUCCUGCCCAGCAACAUGAGCGUGGCAGCGGUGAUGAAAGACCACUGGUGGAACCCACCAAAAGUUAAGAAUAUCGUAUGCACCAUGGGACUAAAGUGGUAUCCUAACCCAGAGGCCCUCCACUGCAUAAAAGGAUGUGAGCCAUUCAUGGGCGACAAUUACUGCGAUGCCAUCAACAAUCGAGCAUUCUGCAACUACGAUGGCGGAGACUGCUGUUAUUCUACUGUCAAAACCAAAAAGGUGAUUCCAUUCCCCAUGUCAUGUGACCUUCGAGAAGACUGCGCAUGUCGAGACCCAGAUGCCCAGGAGAACAACAAAGGAGCCCGUCACCGGUCCAUCGGCUGAGCCGGGUACCCUCGGCCUACUGGGAAACCAUUCUUCUCUACAUGCUGCUUAUAAGAGGGUCUUUCCACUCACACCGCACUCCAACAUGCCCUCGUUUCCUCAUCAAACAGCAACAACCCAAAAGGGUAUGACACUCAAAAGCAAACAACCCAACCAAACACAUCAACAACAGGUUUCACAACGGAUAUAAAACGUGGAAGUUCUUAUGAAUGACUUACUUUUGGCAAUAGCAACCAUAGAUGUCGUCAAACUAAGGCUCCAACAAAUACGCCUGGACUGACGUUGUUUUUGUUCUUUUAAUGUUUGCUUUCAUUGAUCAUUAUUUGUAAAGCGCAACCAUGGCUAUUUUUAUUUAGAGCAAGAAGAAGAAAAAAAUGGGGAAGGGAUAUACGCAUAAAGAUUCCAAAUGAGUCAAAGAUUACCAAACUAAUGGAUGAAUGUUUUCAGGAUUCCCCUUAAUCCUCUCCAUGUCUCCCUUCAGCCAUUCGCUCUCAAAUCUCAGCGUUCUUAUAUAUAUAUCAAUUAAGAAAGAGGAUAUAUACAAGUCUAAAUUUGUGUCACACAGAUGGCUUGCACUCGUCUGAAUAUGUCUGAAUAUUUUGAGCUGCUCUUACUAUCUAAAAACAAAAACAAAAACACGACCUCAGCGCCUGUAUGAAACAUCGAGGGACGGUUGGGGAAUGUUUCACAGUGCAUAGGAAGAUGUACGAGUGCAGCUGCUGUGGCCCUAAAUCACAAAAAAAAAAAUCCUGUUUAUCAGCAACUAAUGCGCAAAUCUGAUGCCCAAAGUCAUCAGAGGAGGUGUUGAUCCAGUGAGAGCAGAAAGAGAGGGAAUGAGGUUGUGUUAGCACAGCUGUUGCUGCUAGUUUUGUUUUCGCUGCUGUGGCCAUGCAGCCAAACUCUGUCAAUGGACAGUUUAAGUGCAGUCUGCCAUAGAUUUUACCUCUGGUGAAAAUGCAGUUUAAUAAACUUUACAGGAAAACAUCCACCGAAUUGGCUCUAUCACUAUCUCUUCACUCCACCAACAGCUGGUGUGUGGUGAGCGCACUGGCACUGUUGUCCUGUGGCUGCCGUCGCAUGAUCCAAGAGGAUGCUGCACACUGGUGGUGGUGUGAAGAGACUCCCCUCAUAAUUGUGAAGCGCUUUGGAUGUAUGGCCAUACACAAUAAAUGCGCUAUAUAAAUACACAUUACAUUACAUAUAUGUUGAUAUACAUGUAAAUCCAACUAGUUCCCUUUUAAAGAAACGAACAUGGUUUUAUUUUGAUGCUAGGGCUGUCUUAAGUCUCCUUUCAACUGCAUACGACAAACGACAGACCGGAAGUCAUUCAUUUCCAAUGGAGAGCAGUCCGGGAGCUGCGUAGAGUUUCGAUCAUCUCCGUAUGCGGAAAAUUCGGAUCCGAAUUGAGCUGUGGAUCCGUUGAAAUAUUUGAACUCCUUCGAGUAGACCGUAUGCGACUGGCCGACCGGGUAUGAUGUAUUUCAGUGCUGUCCAAGCAGGUCCGUUCGCACGAGAUGAGAAAUAGGAGUUUUUUCGUUGUUAUUUUUUUAUCAGAAUAAAAGUCCAUAUUAAAAAAAAAAUUCUAUUCAUAAAUGACUAAUAAAAUAAUAUGAUUUUUUCAUUAUCAUUCCCUCAAAUUUUUAGUUUCUAGUAUUCAUUAAUGCAACAAUUGUAAAUGCACAAAGAAUAAAAUCUCUUACUUUUGCACACCUUUAUUUCGGACAUUGCGAGAACAGCUUCUCUCCCAUGGUGCACGACAACACUGAAAAUUCUGUGCGAUGGCCACAAGGGGGUGUAUUCCGACAUUCGUGUUAAGAUGUCAUGUGCAGUGGAAAGGCGGCUUUAGGUUUAUUCGACUUCUAUUAAAAGGCAU